AUGUCCUCCAGUCGCCAACAGAUCGACUCCGUCAUCGACGAUGACGAUGAGUUCUGCCCCCUUUGCAUCGAAGAGUUUGAUCUUUCGGACAAGAACUUUAAGCCAUGUCCCUGUGGAUAUCAGAUCUGCCAAUUCUGUUACAACAAUAUCAAAACCCACAGCGAAGAAGGCCGAUGCCCAAACUGUCGCCGCCCUUACGAUGACAGCACCAUUCAAUACAAGAUACCAGAUGCGGAGGAAUUCAAGGCCGACUUGGCACUCAAGCAUAGAAAGGCCGCCGCAGCCAAGAAGAAGGAAGCCGAAAAACGCGAAAUCGAAGCUUCCAGCCGAAAGAACUUGGCCGGUGUCCGUGUCGUUCAAAAGAACCUGGUCUACGUCAUCGGACUGAAUCCGACAAUUCGCGACGAGAAUCAGCUGCUACAGACUCUCCGCGGGCGGGAAUAUUUCGGUCAAUAUGGUGAUAUUGAGAAGAUUGUGGUUAGCAAGGCCAAACCCGGCGGUAACCCCCACCAGGGCAUCGGUGUCUACGUCACCUUUUCUCGGAAGAUUGACGCUGCCACUUGCAUCGCUGCUGUGGACGGCUCUGCGAACGGUGACCGUGUUCUAAGAGCUCAGUAUGGGACAACCAAAUAUUGUUCCUCCUUCCUCCGCAACGAACAGUGCAACAACCGCAACUGCACCUUCCUACACGAAACCGGAGAAGACAGUGAAAGCUACAGUCGCUCCGAUCUUUCGUCAAUGAACACUCUGUCAAGUCAGCGGCCAAGCCACCCUCAACACCCUCAACAUGCUCAACAUCCUCCCCAUGUUCGCCCGGCCCAGCCCAUCACGCAGCACACAAUGCGUCGACAACCCAGCAAAGAUGAUUCGAUCAGUGGGCGAUCGGCCGCUCCGGACGGGCCUGCGCUCCCCUCGUCUGCUAGCUGGGCAAACAAGGAUGCCACCAUCCGGACCAGACGAGCUAGUUUGACUGGUAGCCAGGCAUCUCAAAGCCCACGACCUGCGAGUGUUACUGUUGCCACGCCUGCUGAGGAGCCUAAGCGGGUCGAGAAGCCAUCUCCUGUUGCUCAGGAAGCGCAGCGGACAUCUCAACCUGCUUCACGAUCGCCGACGGUCCAACCCCCAGUUCAACCCGCUCAGCCACCAACCCCGGAGCCGCCAGCGCCAACACCGUUCGACAACCUCGUUAAAGACCUAAUGAACCCUAACUUCAAGUUCAUUUUCUCUACUGCAGAUCUGCCAGAUGAGGAGGUCAAGGCGAUCCAGUCAUAUCCAUCUUUCAUCGACCCAUAUGGCGGCGUUAAGCGUCGGGCAAUGCGGGAGAAGGCUGAGCAGGAACGUUUGAAGCGCGAACAAGAGUUGCUCCAGUCUGCUGCUGUCGAGGAGGAAAGCCGUGAAGCCGGUAGCCUGCAGCUUGGUGGGGAACCGGAGGAGUCUAACCCCCCACGAGGCCCUCAACAGUCUCGUGAAUCCCACGGUGCCAUUCAGCCACCUUCCCAGCAAGGCACUGCCGACAACUCGACCGUUGGUUCGCCAGUAUCUGCGAGCAGUCAUCAAUUCCAAGGGUUGAACUUGGCAGGCCGAAGCUUGACACCGUUGCAACAGCAGCAACUGAUACUGCUCAAGUCAGCCGGUAACCAGCAAGCUGGUAUUGCCGACCAUCUGAGCUCCGCUGCCCUGGACCAAGCCACCCAGCUCCGACAAGGCCUGUUGCAUAAUCAGAUGGCACAGUUUAAUGCGCUACAGGGCCAAAGCCGCCAAUCAUCACGGUUCACCUUUGCCAAUGAUGUUGGCUCCAAGAAUAUCAGCAAUGCACGUAUGCUCAGCCAGAUGCAGGCCGGGACUCCCAACCCGUUGUCCGCUCCCAGCCCCCAGCAUGCUCUUGCAGGUGGAUUCUAUGCCAGUGGUGUUCAAGGUCCCCCCCCAGGCUUGAAGACGGCCGGAACCCCUCCGAUCAGCGGGGGUGGUAUGUUUGCACAAGGUCAUGGCUUUACUGCCAAUGCCAAUAUCGGACUGGGCUCCAAUAUGGGAAAACAAGAUGCGACACCUGAGUUGAUGCGUGAAUUACUUCGUGGCCGAGGCGGUGCGAAUAUCGGUGGUGUACAGGGCCAGGAGGCCGCAAAGCGUGAGUUCAUGUUUCCUUUUCUUCAACAGCACCCAACCCCACCUCCCCUGACUCCCGUCAACGGCCUUCUCAGCUCUUUCUAUGGGUCCCAGACAGGUCCAGUACUUGACUCUGGUGGCGCACAGAAGCAGAAGAAGAAGGGGAAGAAGCAGAGACACGCUAACACUUCCUCCGGUGGAGGCGGUGUAGUAGAUCUUGCGGACCCGAGCAUUUUGCAGGCGAGGAUGCAUCAGGUCGGUGGCAAUGCUACUGCUGGGCAGGCGUUGUACGGGAGCCAGGGUCAAGUGAACGAAGACUUCCCUCCGCUAGGUGGGCUACUGAAGGAUAGCCAAUCGGUUGAUACUUUCGGCUUCCUCAAGUCCCAGCUUCCCAGUGAUUCUGCCGGGCGUGUCGGAACACCUUCUCUGCCUCCUGGGCUCCCAUUGCCGCAAUCCCAUCCCGCAUCGGCCGUUUUUCAAGAACAAUUGAGCUUGUCGAAGCCAUCAUCCCCAGCGCCUAGUCUGCCUCCCGGCUUGAAUGUGAACAUCUCUCGCGGCGGGACCCCGUCUCAAAACAGUUCGUCGGCUGAACCUUCGGCCGUGUCACCCGAGCCUCCUGCUCGUACGGCCACCACAUCUGCUCGAGCUAAAGAUGUAUCCCAAAUCUCCCUGGGCUCUCCUGUGGCUAAAUCCGCACACAAGGCUCGGAUGACGAAGCUCGACUUGUCCACACUAGAUGCUCCCACCAAACCUGAUCAAAGUCCUCUCGUCGGCACUAAAGGUAGUCCGAUUCCUCUUGCUAUGCAUUUGGCUGGUCAAGAAAGCGCAUCCGCCAAGUCUGACCGAGUUUCGUCUGGGACUUUGGUGUCUGGACCCGGAUCUGUUUCUGCAAUUGGAUCACGCCCAAACACCCCAUUGACCACUGUUUCUCGUGUCUCGGACUCAUCCGUUCUUCGUCAACCACGCAUUCUGCGAGUGGUAGACACCCCGAAGACCGAAGUCCCUCCCCCAAUUACAAAUGCGCCAUCGGUGCCUGUGUCUACCGCUAAAUCUGGCAAGACGCAAUCCCGGAGACAAAGCAUUUCAUCCAGCAGCAGGCCAGAUACGCCUGGAGAUUUUGGUUCGGAAGCCGAUCUUUUCCCCUCGGCAUCCGUGUCUCGUGCUAGCUCCCCGCCGGCUACCACGCGCAUUGGUUCCGCCCCUGUUCGCUCGAUCACGAAAAGUCAACUCAAAAAGGAGAGACGACAGAAGGCAAAGGAAGCUGAGGCCAAGCAGGCGGAGACUGCAACCCCCGAAGAGCCUGUCCAAGCCCCUAUUCUUGGGCGAAAGCGCAAGACUAAGAAGGCACCCACUGCAACCACAUCCUCUGCGGACAGUGCCCCUACUACUGUGCCUGAGCCUGCAACCCCUGUGAAGACACCUGCUCCGUCUCCAAAGAAAGUCGACCCAAAGCCUGAACCUGCCAAGAAAGUAAAGGAGAAGGUGCAGCCACCUGUCCAAGAGACCAAGCCUGCCCCGGUGGUGGAGCAACCUGCACCACUCCCAGUUCCUCCUGAGGCUUGGCGCUCCCGUAACACGGUCGAGCAACUGAUCAAAGACGCCGAGGAUUCCGGACGUCCGGUGAAGGACCUUUUUGUCGAGAGAACCAAGUCUCUUCAUGAAGUGCUUGCCGCGAUGCACAAGUCUGGUGAACUGGACUUGAACAGAGGCUCGUUGUUCAACCCCGCCAAUCUCGGUCAGCGUACCGAUAUGAAGGGCAUUGACUCCGAUUACUUCUUGCUUAAGCAACCCCUGGAGCUUUUUGAGUCUCAUCGUCGUGCUCUCAUGCGUGGCCAGCCAGUACGAAUUGACGCCGAGCAGCUUUCCGAUCGCUGUCUGAUCACUCCUCGCGGCUGUGUGCUUCGCCAUCUCUCUGCCGAGGAAGAAGAUCGAUACCUUGAGCUGGAGAAGUAUCGAGGUGGCGCCAUGGAUCCUUUUGUGGUCGGUGACGACUCGAGCAACAUCAACGGUGGACUAGACGCCCUCUUCGCGACACCCGAGAAGUACAAUAUCUGCUGGGUUGAUGACAACACUGCCCGCAUGGGCGCCACCUCUCCCACUGGUACCGUGAACACUGCGGACUCGGUCAUUCCUCCUAACGUUCUGUCGGCCAUGGAAGCAGACAGUGAGCGCAGCCACGACUGGGCCGUAGCCCAUUCCGCUGAACUUCUUCAGACCACCACUGCUGCUGUUCGUUCUUUUGCCGCCGCAACUGCUAAGCAGAUGCUGGGUUCUGCCGGUGUCCCUGGAACCAACCCCAGCCUCGACGACGUUGCUGCCAUGACCAACGAAGAGCUCAAGGAACUCGCUGGUCAGUCUCAAAAGGACUUGGAGAGCAAUCGCAAGGAGCUUGAUGUACUGGACAAGAAGCUUGCUGCUUUGCUCCGUCGCAACAAGAAGAUUCAGCAGGCGGCCUUGGCUUUGACCGAGGAAGCCUAA